AUGCCCAAAUUCCGAUACUCAGGCAUCCAGCUCGACGUACUACACCUCUACCGAGCAUGUUUCCGCGCCGUGCGAUCAAAACCUGUGGAUGCACAACCACACUUCAAACAUUUCAUCAGGUCCGAGUUUCAGAAAAACAUGGGGUUAAGCAAGAAGGAUUUCAGCACGGUUGAGUUUUUGGUGAGGAAGGGGAAUCGGCAGUUGGAGAUGUAUAGAAACCCGGGGAUUAAGGAUAUUCGAUAG